UCAGUUGUGAUCCUUCUUGGAAGACCGAAGACCCGAACUGAAGUGAAACUCUUGGUUGUCCAUCCAAGACCUAGAACAAAACAGUGUUAAAUAACUGUUGCACUCAGAGAUGUCUGGAGACUCAUAAAUCUAAAAUUCUCUAGAAUAAAAUUUCCUCUGUUAUUGAACACUCAUUUGCGCAUCUACACUCGAUUGAUCCUCAGCCAAGGAAAUGGAAUCGGAAGAGAAAUUUCAGCGGGCCUAAGUGGCUACUCAAGUGGUAUCAUCACCAGGGGUGCAUCUCUAUCGAUUUUCGUGCAUCCAACAGCAAAGAAACAUUUUAUACUUUCCUAAUCAAAGUAAUUUUGGUCCACAGUUGAUAAAUAGCUAUCACUGCUGAUGAUAUAAUUAAUUUCCCAUGAUGAGUUGGAACAAAUUGCUUUCUUGCAAAGGGACUGUGCAUAGAUAUGACCUAUCAAAAAACACUUUUGAACCUCUCGUUAGAGACCUUUGCGAAAUCCAAGUUUGGGUUUUUCAUAACGGAGGAACUGGCAGACAAUUGGGCGAAGUCAAAGUAGUAACAGGAAGUAAUAAUCAAAUUUUAAGGCUGCAACUUAGUAAAGUUAUAGCUCUUCAUCCACCACCACUCCAGGAGCCAUCUUGGUUUGUCCUAGAACUAGAUAUGGCAGUUUGUUUUGAGAAAUAUGGUUUGAAGAUAGCUGAUACUAAGCAGAACAUUCAAAGCUUUGGAAACCUGCUUCAUAGAUUGAUGGACCAGAAAGAUGGCAGAAUUCCUCCAGAGGCUAACAAUGAUAUUUAUGCUCCUCCAUCUAAUGUUCAACAAGCUCCACCAAUUUAUUAUAGAAAAAUUGAAAGCAAUGUUCCAUUCCCUGCUGAUGGUAGCAGUUUUUCUGAUUGUCACACUUACGAUAAGCUAAAUCUACAACCACAACAUUUUGCUCCAUUACGAAGAGUAAAUCCUACUUCAUUUCCCUUGCAUGGUGAUAAAGACUAUGUUUCAAUGCACGGAGGGUCUCCUCAGGUUUCUGAAGACCUAGAUAAUCACUAUGAAUCUAUUUUAACAUAUCAAAAUCCAACUUUGGUAAGUCCAGUGAAUAGAAAGGUCCCUGAGCUACCUGCAAGGCCACCAAGAUUACAGUCAGGAAUUACACAGACACAAACAUUAGCUGCAAUGGAAACACCGGCACAAGGACCAAGAAGAAUGCUGAUUCCUAUUUCUCCAGAAAUUAACAUGGAAAAAGAUGAGAAUGUAAGCAGCAAAAAGAUAUCUGUAGCAGAUGCUCAGACAAGCAAUAAAAAUCCAGACAGUGUUGAAAAACCUGCCUUUGAUUGUGAUAAUGCUGACUUCCUGUGUGAUAUGUUAGCAGAAGCAAUUGAUGUUGGUAACACAGUGCAAGCAGCCAAUAUUGCUGAAAAGCUUGCAAAGCAAAAACUCAAAAUAACAAUACAAGCUUUAUUUUCUGAGACUGAUGAAAAGCCUCCAGAAUGUACAAUCAAUAUUACAGUACAAGUAGAAGACAAGGAGAGUGAAACACCCACUCUAAUUAAGCUUGAUGUUGAUCCAAAUUGCAGCAUUGGUAAACUCAAAUACAUGGUCCAACAGUUAUUUGGCUUCCCAAUAAAAGUCCAGCGCUGGGUCAUUGGCAAACGCCUACCAAAAGAUGUUGAAAGUUUGAAGCAGUUGAAUGUAAUAACAACUGGUACUGUCAUCUUUCUUUACUUGCUGUCUGCCAAAGAGGUUGGGAUUGAUAAAACCAAUUUGUCUCUCCAAGACCCUAAGAACAGCCAAAGUAGCGAUAAAUUUCAGUUGCCACCACGAGACUACUCUCCAGGCACCAACUUGAAUGGGCCACCAGAACUAAAUGCAGCAAGACAGCAAUAUCCAAGUGCCCCGGCAGCUUCUCCCAGAAAUUCCCCUUUCCCCAAUCCUGCAGGACAAGAUUUUGUUAUGCCGCCUUCACUACAACCAUCUGCACAAAAUAAAAAUUCUCCAAGAAAUUAUUUCCAGGAUUUUUAUGGAACACCUCCUCCUUUUAAUCCUCCAUAUCAAAAUGUGAACAAUCCACAGGGAAGAUAUGGCAGACCUGGCCCUCCUGUACCACCAGUACUGUCUAGUACUUCUUCCCAUAUCCCAGAUGCCACUGCCAGGAAGAGUGCAACCCAAAAAGCUCUUAUAGCACAACAAAAGUCAAUAAUGAAAAAAACAGGCUGGACAUGUCCAAGGUGCACCUUUAUCAACCCACCAACGCGUCCUGGUUGUGCAGCGUGUACAGCCACGCGUCCAAUUGACUAUAAAAUACCUGCAGAUUUUGAAGUGGACGAUUCAGAGAGGAGGCGCCUCGAGGAAGAAUAUAUGCUGGAGCAAAUGGCAUUUAAUUUUGAAGAAUCCCGAGAAGAACAGGACCGCAAACUAGCAGCAGAAAAUUACCUGCAAGUAUUGGCCACCGCUCAGAAAAACUUGAUUCCCAAUACAGAGGAAUUUGAAUGUCCGAUUUGUUUUACCCCGAUCGAACCGAAUGAGGGUAUCCUUCUCCGAGAAUGCCUGCAUUCUUUUUGCAAAGUUUGCUUGAAAAUGCAUAUUAACCAAAGCGAUGAUCCGGAGGUUAAAUGUCCCUUUACUGAUGGCACGGUGAAUUGCCCUGAGGUCAUAACAGCCCAGGAAAUUAGUUCUAUUCUGAACGAAGAGGAAUAUAUGAACUACUUGCAGAGAUCUGUCAAUGCCGCGGAGAACAGAGCUCCAAACAGCUACCAUUGUAAAACGUUGAAUUGCAAUGGUUGGUGCUUUUAUGAAGAUGAAGUGAAUUGGUUUGACUGCCAAGUAUGCAAUAAACGAAACUGUCUAACGUGUAAAGCUAUCCAUCUUAACAUGACGUGUCAGCAGUACCAAGAUGACUUGAAAAUAAAGUCAGAGAAUGAUGUUGCAGCGAGGCGAACACAAGAGAUGCUUGAGGAACUUGUUCGUAAAGGCGAUGCUAUGAAUUGCCCUCAGUGUGCUAUAAUACUGCAAAAGAAGGAUGGCUGUGACUGGAUGCGGUGCAGCAUGUGCAAAACUGAAAUUUGCUGGGCAACCAAAGGACGGCGAUGGGGUCCUAAGGGCAAUGGGGAUACAACUGGAGGCUGUCAAUGCACUCCUGCAAAGCGCUGCCAUCCGAACUGUGGCAAUUGCCAUUGAAACGCUGGCGUUCCUUUCCUGUCUAUAAAACAUCAUCAUUUGGCCAUUGCGGAGACGGAAACCAUUAACAGUUGUAUUGUGAACAUUUUUAUCAUCAUAAUUUCGAAGAUCUUACUUUAAUUUUUUAGAAUAGAUGCUAAAAUCUUCGAGAUUAAAUUUGGCUAUUCCUUUUGAUAAUUUAGUCAGCUAGGAAUCAAUUCAAACCUUUCAGUAAAACCCCACACUAAAGAAUCUGCAGAUUAAAGACAAUCGAUAGGUUCUUUGGCAGUCAAUCAAGAAUGGGCCAACCAGUAGACGUGUUACCCCUGACGGGCCUAUUAAUUGGUUAAUUUUGAUUGAAUAUGCCUUAUUGCACUUGAGUCCACCGUCUUUUACAACUUCCAAGCUGAUUUUGUUCCAAGCUUCGGUAAAAAGCACCUUUGAUAUAAUAAAAGCUUUGUAAAACAGCCUAUAUGAGCAACUUUUGCCUGUUUGCCUUGAGCAACGAAACCACAGGUUCCUUUUAUGCGGGUUUUACUGUAUAUCAAUUUUUGUUUUAAUAGGCUUUGUUUUUCAAGGCAGUAGUCUUAAAAAGAUUUACUGGGAAAUGGCAUCCCUUGUUAUAGGGCUAAAAUAUUGUCACAGUUUCAAAAAAUGCUUAAAUCCAUAGGUAGAAGGGAUUAAGUAUGGGAUCAAGUAUGAGAUUUUCCUGUGCGAAGAAACUUUUGAUUCAUCACUAGAAUAGUUAUUUUUCACUUCUUCAACUGAUGCUAGCUGGCCUAAUUGUAAUUUGCCACCUAGAAGUGACGACAAGGCCUUUAUGAUUUGUUUAAUUUUGUUCUCCGAUAUUUUGAUGAAAUUUUGUUCUUUUGCGAUAAUAUUUUAAUGUGUAAAAGUAUGGAUAAAGAUUAAUGAAGCUAGGCCAAUUUUGGCAAAGAUGUACCAGAAGUUUAUAAGAUAUGAAUCAAAAGUAACACAACAUGAAAAACAACACGUCUGAUUGGUUCCUUGUUUUUGACCAAUCGGAGACAACUAACCUUUCAUCUAGUUGAAAGGUUGAAGAGUCUCACAAUUUUACUUUCCAUCCGAAUCUGUUUAUGAUUUACUCAUACUACUUUGAGAAGUGUCGGGCGAAAUGUACUCAAGAAUAGUAUCUUUUCGCUUUUCCAUACUAUCUUCAAAUUUUGUGGUAAUAAAGUAGCUUUACCUUUUAUAUCGUAAAUGAUCUGCAUUUCUGUUAGGUUAAGAAACCCGCUUGGUUUCAUCGUUGUUUUAAUUACAUAUCUAGUAGAACACCCUGCAAAGUGGUGUUUUGUAAAACAUAGAUUUGAAUAAAGUCAUGAUAUAUUUCUGUAAACGUUUAGAUUGUGGCCAUGCUUGUCAUGUAGUGACGUAGAUGCUAUUAUACCACGCCUGAUUGAUACAUGAUAAAUGAUAAAUAAAUUGCUAGCGAAUAAAACAAGAA